UCGAUUUUUGGCACAGCGCAGCCAUGAAGAACAUCAUUCUACUCCUAAUAGCCUUCUUAUCCAGCUCUCAGCAGGUCUCCCUGCCGAGUGAUCCCACCUACAAAGCCGGUGUCGUAGAGCAUCCCGAGGUGACGGGCGGCGAUAAUGCUAGGGACAGAACCUCUUUGGCCUGGGCCUCCUAUCAGCAGAUUCUGCGCGAUGUCCAGGACUUGGACAUUCUGGUCUUCCCCGAACACAUUUUAAACAGCCGCGCCACGGCCACCUUUGUGCCCCACGAGUCGGAGAAUGUGACGCCCUGCUUCCAGGCUGACUACGAGAUCUUCCUCAUUGAGGCCUCCUGCUCGGCUCGUGCCCGCGGCAUGUAUGUGGUCCUCAAUCUGGUGGAGAAGGAGCUCUGCGCAAAUGGUGCCGGUUCGGAGACCUAUGGCCCUUGUCCCGAGACGGGAGUGCGGAACUUCAACACCAAUGUGGUCUUUGAUCGAACGGGCAAGGUGGUUUCACGUUACCGAAAGACGCACUUGUGGCGCCAAGAAUACUACUCCACGUCUGUACUCCGUACGCCGGACGUGGCCACUUUUACGACAGACUUUGGGGUGACCUUUGGCCACUUUAUCUGCUUCGACAUGUUGUUCUAUGAGCCGGCCAUGACCCUCGUCCGAGAACGCGAUGUCACGGACAUUAUUUAUCCCACCUACUGGUUUUCGGAGCUGCCCUUCCUGGGAGCCAUUCAGCUGCAGGAGGGUUGGGCCUACGCCAAUGAUAUUAAUCUCCUGGCAGCGGAUGGCAGCAAGCCGUCUGGUCGCACCACAGGGUCGGGUAUAUAUGCCGGCCGGGCGGGACGUCUAACGGCGGAGAUUUACCAGGAGCCAACCCUAACGGUGCUAGUGGCCGAUGUGCCCAAGAGGAAUACCCCGAGGACCAUGCCACCAGUUACGCUAUUUACGCCGCAGCUGAUAACCCCGCGACAUACGGGCGUGGCGACCCACAGGGACUACAAUGUGGACAUCUUCCAGACCGAACUCCUUGCAGCGGAUUUCCUUACGGUGGAGAAGGAGUUGUGCCAUGGGUCCUUCUGUUGCAGCUUCAGCAUUGAAAGGGUGGCGACGCCGCUGGGUACCCAUGUGCCCACCGCCACUGAUGUCUCCUAUCGCUACAGGAUUGGUGCCUACCAUGGCAACGAGACCACGGUGAUCCGAGUGGACCGCACGGAGCAGGCCACCUGUGCUCUGUUUGCCUGCACCGACGAUCAGCUCUACAACUGUGGCUACAUCUACCCGGAGACGGAGCAGGUGCUUAAUGAUUACUACUUUUCCAAGCUCAGUAUUAGUGGGGCCUUUCCGGCAGCCCCUCGUGGCCGCCGCCUGAUCAUGCCCAGCUCUCUGACUGGCCAAUUCCUGCCCGUCUCCGCCUCGGAGUUUGAUUGGACCGAGAGCGUUCUGGCCGCGAACUUCACGGAUAUGCCUGUGAAGGUGGACAUGGAGCUAAAGCAGCCACAGAACGACCUGCUGACCUUUGCCAUUUGGGCGAACUACUUCACCGAUUUGCCCAGCAGCCACAACUUGGAUCACAUGCAGCCCCAGCAGCCCUCCACGUCCAAUGCAGCGCCCAGGAUGGCCGUCAGUCUAUUGCUUCUGCUCUUGGGCUGUCUGCUGAUGAAGUUGUAGUAAAGCAUCCUUUUUUUUUAUUUUUUUUUAUGUUGAAAGCUUAACCUUUGAUUUUUUUAAUUGUCUAACUAUAUAAAGUUGUAAAACAAUAUAAAUUAAUUAUUUUAUCAAAAGCUUCAUAGGCUUAUCUUUAUUUUUAUUGAGAUUCUUCUAACUUGAAAAGUGGGCCGACAGAUUAAACUAUAAAGAUAUAAAGAGGUGUCUAUAUAAAUAGAUAUUUUAAGAGCUUCGCUUAUCUGGAUUUGAAGAUAAACAGGAAAUGUACCUUGUCCGUCUAUAAACUGAAAGUUAAGCAGACAAAUGUUAUAUCUUUUUUUGCAUCUUUAUAUUUUUGGAGGUGAUCCAAGUU